GCCCCCGGGGCGGGCCCGGGGCGGCCCGGGGCGGGGCGAGGCGCCGCGCCGACCCAGCCCGGACCUCAGAUCCGCACGGCGGGCCUCCGAGCACCGACGGCGCCGUGUGACCGAGCCCCGCUCCCGAGCGCUCCGCCAUGCGUUCCCCGCUGCGGGCCGCGCUCCUGCUCCUCGGCCUGCUGCUCGGCCCCGCCGCCGCCCGGGCCCCGCGCCCGCUCAGCGGCUUCUCCUGGGAUAACUGUGACGAGGGGAAGGACCCCGCCGUGGUCAGGAGCCUGACUCUGGAGCCCGACCCCAUCGCCGUGCCCGGGAACGUGACCAUCAGCGUGGAGACCAAGACCGCAGUGGCCCUCAGCAGUCCCCUGAAGCUGGAGCUGACCGUGGAGAAGGAGGUGGCCGGCUUCUGGGUGAAGAUCCCGUGCGUGGAGCAGCUGGGCAGCUGCACCUACGAGGACGUCUGUAACACGCUGGCCAUGCUCGUGCCCCCCGGGCAGCCCUGCCCGGAGCCGCUGCGCAGCUACGGGCUCCCCUGCCACUGCCCCGUGAAAGCGGGCACCUACACGCUGCCCCGGAGCGACUUCCUGCUGCCUGACCUGGAGCUGCCCAGCUGGCUCAGCAGUGGCCACUACCGCGUGCACAGCGUGCUGAGCCAGGGCGGCCAGCGGCUGGGCUGCCUCAAGUUGGCCGCCGCCCUGAAGGGCCGCUGAGGGCUGGCCAGGCUCAGGGGGCGCCUCGGCCUGACCCUCUGCCGCCGCCCUGCUGCUGUGCCCGCCGCUGACCCACCCCGAGCCCUUCGCUGCUCCCAGAGCCUGGCGGGACCCUGGGCCGCUGCCCCCGGGUGGGCCCAGUGUCCCUGCUCUGCCCACCCCCCACCCCGUGCCCUGCCACCUGGGUGACUGCCCGGGGCUGGGCGAAGACCUGCAUCUGCAUGCCCAUCUGCGGCCCUGCGUGUGUCCCCGAGUCUGUCCCUGCAUCCUCGUGUCUCUGUGCCUGUGUCCCUGCAUCCCUGUGACCCCAUGUCCCUGCAUCCCCGUGUCCCUGUGUCCCUGUGUCCUCGUGUCUGUCCCUGCAUCCCCGUGUCCCUGUGUCCCUGUGUCCUCGUGUCUGUCCCUGCAUCCUCGUGUCCCUGUGUCCCUGCGUCCCUGUGUUCUCUUGUCCCCGCGUCCCCGUGUCCCUGCAUCCCCGUGUCCCUGUGUCCCUACAUUCUCAUGUCCCCUCAUCCCUGUGUCCCCAUAUCCCUGAGUCCUCGUGUCCCCGCAUCCUCAUGUCCCUGUGUCCCCGUGUCCCUGUGUCCUUGUGUCCCCGCGUCCCCGUGUCCCCGUGUCUGUCCCUGCGUCCUGUGUCUCUGUCUGUGUCCCUGCGUCCCCGCGUCCCCGUGUCCCUGUGUCCCCGCGCCCCUGCACCCUCACACCAUGUGCUGUGUCCCUGGUGACACCCUCCGCUGGGCCGCCCGAGUGGCUGGGGCUGCUGGGGUUUGUCCUCACAAGACAAGCGGGGUCCCGGGGCCACGUCUGGGGCCUUCCCGUCCCUCUCCUGGGCCCUGUGCACGCGGCCCGUGUGCUGGGGUGGCCAGGGGGCCACGCGCUGCCCCUUCAGUGACCAGCGCUGCCAGGCUGAGUCCAGACAGGACUUCCUGCCCCUGGAGACGUGGCAGUGCCCAGGCAGUGCGUCCCCCUAUGCCCCCACAGGGCGGGCCCUGCUCCUGCCGUCCCUCUGUGUCCCCUGCAUGGGGCACUCUCGCGGUGGCCCACCCAGAGGCUGCUCCCAGGUGCCUCGCCUGGGCUAGCCCAGUCCCCUUCCCAGACGGUCGUGCGGUGACAAUAAAGGCUCUGCCCAGCCCC